AUGAGAAUGGGCCGUCUAGGUCAUCACUAUAUACCCAGUACAAGUUGCCAUACCAGCAAAUGCUGCCUUUGCCCAUCUUCAAGCCAGCCGAUCUCACCACUAAGAUGGACCGCAUGGCAACACCACCUCAGCUGCGCAGCAUGAUUGACUUUGAGAGGGCCCUCUCAAACCCUGGCAGUGAUGGUAUAUGCCAAGACAAGAUCCCAGUCUCACAGAUCACCAAAGAGCUUCCUCCAGUGAUGCAGCCAGCACGUAUGGAGUUUGCCAAGCCUGGGCUGGCCAAUUCCUUCUCCAGGUCUGUGUCUCAGGAGGCACAGAGAGGCUAA